CCUUUCUCAGCGCGCAAACACAUCGCGCAGGCGUCCACAUAAUCGGCUUAUACUACCCUAUGACGCAUACUGCUGCCUGGCCCCUGGUCUAUCCGCUCCCAAACGCUUACCUGCCACCGGUGAAGCGACUACCCGCCCUUCACUCCCCCACUUCGCCAUUGGCCGCGCGACAACACCCUCCCGCCCUUCAGCUAUGCCAACCCGCAAGGCUGUACAUUUUCCAGGCAACAGGUGACCCGCAGCCUAUCAGCGGCUGAUUACAGAGAUUUCCAUCUCACGCACCUACCGCAGGAAUAGAACUAGACGCAUCGGGUAUAUGGGCCAGCGCGCGGUGGUGCCGGUAGAGGUGGCCGCUCGUCGCUAUCGAUGAGGCUGCGUGGACGAGGGAGUAUAUAGUCGAGGAAGGCUUUUCCCAUGCCUACCGCAGCAGCAUUACAAGCGCUCAUCAUGGACUUUCCGCGACUGAAUAGCCUCAAGUUCGACUUGGGGUCGGCAAAUGCGACACUACCCAGUCUCCCUUCGACUCUGCUGGACGCCCUGAUCCCUGGAUAUGGCAUCUUCUCCCAGGUCAUUUUUCGCCUCCUCGGCUUCGACAUUGGUCUUCUCGUCUCGGGAUGUCUCAUGGUGAUUGGGCUCGCCCAGGGAGGGCAGUACUUGUACCACCGCGUGUAUGCGAUCUUCGCAGGCUAUUUCAUGUCGUCGGUACAGAUAGAGGACGAAGACCAGCUUUUCCGGCAGGUAGUCGAGUGGAUCGCGGAACAAAAUAUGACGCGGGUGUCCCGCGACCUAAUGGCCGUGACCAAGUGGGUCAGCGCAUAUGAGGACAGCGACGAAGAGCAAAACGCCAAAGACGAGGACGUGCUCGACGAGUCUGGCAUCUUCAACUACGAGAAAUGGGCAAGCAAUAUCCCGCCGCGGUAUGAGCCCAACUUCGGAAGCGACAAGUUUUGGUACGCAGGCCGUAUGUUCACAUUCUCGCGCUCGAAGAAGGAGAAACCGAGGAGUAUCUGGAAUAACUCCGAUACUCAGUUCUUGGUGAUCCAGUGUGUGGGACGGAGCACGGAGCCGAUCAAGGAGCUGCUGAAUCAUAUCAAGAGAUGGACGCUCACGAAGGAGCAUAAAAUGACGAGCGUCUACCGGCCAGCACCCAAGGAGGAGCGCAGAGACUGUGCGUGGGAUAGACAGUCUUGCCGGCCCUCGCGUCCUAUGAGCACCGUCUCGUUGGACCAGGAACAAAAGGCAAAGAUCGUGAUGGAUAUCAAUGAGUAUCUCCACCCAGCCAGCGCGCGAUGGUACGCCGCCAGAGGUAUCCCUUACCGCAGAGGCUACCUCUUUCACGGUCCACCUGGCACUGGCAAGACGUCGCUCUCGUUUGCGCUCGCCGGUAUCUUUGGCCUUGACAUUUACUGCAUCUCGCUCAUGGAGGUCGGCCUCACCGAGUCAGACCUAAAUAAGCUCUUCACCACCCUCCCCCGCCGCUGCGUAGUCCUCCUCGAAGACAUCGACUCUGCGGGCCUCCGCCGCACCGACGACAGCCCCACCAUCGAUACCUCCGACGCCAGCAGCGACGGCACCCCCUCCGAAGACGGCGUCAAAGUCGAACCCCUGCCCAAGCUCCCCGGCGCCGCGCUCCACGGCACCGGCAUCAAGUCGCUGAUCUCGCUCUCCGGGCUGCUCAACACCAUCGACGGCGCUGCCAGCCAUGAAGGCAGGGUGUUGAUUAUGACGACGAACCACCCCGAAAAGCUCGACCCCGCGCUCAUCCGCCCCGGCCGUGUAGACCUCCAGGUCCAAUUCACGCUCGCGACGCGCGCACAAACGCGAGACAUUUUCAAGCGCAUGUACAGCAGCACGUCGUCAUCACCCUCCACCGCUUCCCCACCUCCAUCCAAGCCCGCUCGCCCCUCCACGCCCACCGCGCAGCCCGCGCUCUCGAGCACGCGCGAGGACGAAGAGUUCCUUGAGCUGCUGACGCGCGAGCCCGAGCUCGAUGUCGUGGAGCUGGCGCAGCUGGGCGAGAUGGCGGAGGAGUUUGCGAGCAAGAUCCCGGAGGGAAGGUUUAGCCCCGCGGAGAUACAGGGGUUUUUGUUAACGCGGAAGAAGGAGCCGCGCAGGGCGUUGGCAGAGGUGGAGGGGUGGAGGGAUGGGGAGUUGAGGCGGAGGAGGGAGAAGGGAAGGGUGUGAGAGACUUAGGGGAGCGUAGGGUAUUGCUGGGGUAGAGGU